CGUUAACAUUAUUACUUAUUUAGUACUAUGUCCGUUGGGUAGUAACUGUGGAUUAAUGGUUGCUUUAUUCUUUUAGUAAUAGCAAAUAUUUAAGCCUGUGCACGUGACCCGACUUGCUUCCACCGGUUUUCCCAAGUCAAUCUGCUUGCCAAAGUAUCAAAGACGUCAAACAAUGUUUGAUAGCGAGGUUUGCAAAGUGUAGUAUGACCCAAUUUGCAAUUGUAAUGGGGACCGGUGAUUGUAGUUGGGCUGGUUAUAAUUGUUGGAUUAAAAUUAGUGUGGGUGUACGGGUGUGGGUGUUUUGACUUGAGUCAGAAAAAAGGUCAAUUAAGGAAAGGAAUGGCUAGAGCCUUCUUUUAAUCAAGGAUAAAGAUGUCGGGCAGAAAGAAGACGUUGUUGAAAGUGAUCAUAUUGGGGGAUUCGGGAGUUGGAAAGACUUCGUUGAUGCAACAGUUUGUUAAUAAUAAGUUUAGCCAACAGUAUAAAGCAACUAUUGGGGCUGAUUUUUUAACUAAAGAGAUUAAAAUUGAUAAUAAUAAAUCGGUUACAUUACAAAUUUGGGAUACGGCAGGACAAGAAAGAUUUCAAAGUUUAGGAGUUGCAUUUUACAGGGGAGCAGAUUGUUGUGUAUUAUGUUAUGAUGUUACUAAUGAAAAAUCAUUAAAUAAUUUAUCUAGUUGGAAAGAUGAAUUUUUAGUACAAUCAAAUGUUGGUAACCCUCAGGAUUUCCCAUUCAUUAUAAUAGGUAAUAAGAUUGAUGUUGAUGAUCUGAAGAAAAUACCUUCAUUACAGAAAAAAUUAAUUAAUAUAACUAAUAAUCAAUUAGGAGGAAUAAAUUAUCCAGUUUUUGAAACUAGUGCCAAAGAUUCAAUUAAUGUUGAAACUGCUUUUGAAGUUAUUGCUAAAAUGGCUUUACAACAAGAAGAAUUGAAUGAUGCAAAUGGUAAUGAUAUCAAUGAUGAUUAUAAUGAUGCAAUUAAUAUUCAUUUAGAAAAUGAAAAUUCUGGUUGUGCUUGUUGA